ACACGAUGGACUCGCAAGUAACUUCAUUUUCUCCACCGUCUGUCGCCGAGGAAAAUACCGGUGGACAGACUGGGGAUAAUCAGGGAGAUGUCGUGCACUUGAUAGAUUCAGCGGAUAAGGAGCCUGAACAAGAGCCUCUAUCGAAGAAAGCGCGGAAGAAGGCUGCAAAGGCGGCCUAUCUUGCGUCUGUAAAGCUUGAGCGUAGGGCUCGAGAAAAGGAGGCGAAAAAGAGGAAGAAACAAGCAGAGAGAGAACGAAAGAUGGCGCAGGGUGAGGUGGGAGAUGGGAAGAGCAGUGCAGAGGCCAGUUCUGGUCCUGGCGAGAGGCGGAGAAAAAGACGCAAACUAGGGCAGGGUGACGAGGGCGAAGGCGUCAACGUAUUCGCUGCGAAAGUCGUGGUCGACCUAGGGUUUGAUGAGCUGAUGUCCGAAAAGGAAAUUACGUCCCUCACAUCGCAGCUCGCAUAUACUUAUAGCGCGAAUAGACAUGCCGCACGUCCAUUCUCCGGUUUAAUAUUCAGUUCGUUGGGAGGACGGACGCGGACGCGACUCGAUGCUAUGAACGACGCGGGAUACAGACGGUGGAUAGGUACGGAGUGGUGGGAGGAGGGAUAUGAGCGGCUGUGGACCGAUGGUGACAUAGUUAAAGAGCAGAACUCAGUAGAAGGUGACGGGUCUCUGGAAACGCCAGGACUUCCAGAGCAUCUCCCUGAGAAAAAAACGGAGAAGGAAGUGGAUGAUGCCCGAGAGAGCGUGGUGUACCUCACAGCCGAUUCCGUAGACGAGCUGGAAGAGCUUAAAGAAGGGGAGACGUAUAUUAUAGGGGGUAUAUGCGAUCACAAUCGGUAUAAAAAUCUCUGUCUGAAUAAGGCUAGCGAGUCAAAAAUCCGACAUGCGCGACUGCCGAUUGGGCGAUACAUUGCCUCUCUCACAACGCGUAAGGUGUUAACGGUGAAUCAGGUAUUCGAGAUCCUAGUGAAGUGGGUGGAAGGAAGGGACUGGGAAGAGGCAUUUUGGAGCGUUAUCCCACGGCGGAAGUUCCAGAAUGGAGCAGAAAGGGACGAGGAAAACAAGGGUGUUGAUGGCGGUGGUGAUGCGGAGGGGAAGGGCGAUGGUGGUCACGAGGUUGAAGAGGCCCUUGACGGAUGAACCAGUGAUGUGCCAAUACAGCGGUAAAGAACCUCCGGCACUCCAGUAAGGGAUCUAGAGAUGGAUGAACUUGUAGGACGAUCUUGAUCGUUGUCUGUCGCGUCGAUGCACCCCAAAAA